AGUGUCGUUUAAUUUUGUUUAUUAUGACUGUAUUAUCUUUUGGCUCAGAAAUCUAUUAAUAUAUGCCACAUGCCCUGCUGCUUUACUGCUGCUAUUUCGGGUGCAGGAAUGCUGGACUGUCCCACACUGGCUACUCUUUUUGGUGAUAUGGGGAAGACAUCAAACAAGGCAAGCUGUUUCAUACUGGACACUAUAUACCUAUACUGUUUCCCUGUUGUUGAGAAGUCAAAAAAUUGUACCAUUGGGUACAAGUUUUAAUAGAGCUAUACCGGAACUGAAUUUUAGUUUGUUGUGAGAUUUUUUAUUUUACUGGUGGGUUUAUGAGACGCUCGAUUUGGGAUAAGAAACUGGUCUGGAUCUUUCUUUACAGUGUUUGAUAAGGAUGCACUCUGAAGGAGUGUUGGCCAGAUCUCCUCCAACUCCUCCUUCAGCAUUUGUACAAAUCAGUGAUAAAGACAUGACCGAGAUUGAACUGCACACAGUGGACUCCAUCAGUGACCUGCACCGGACACACCCUGAACAACACAGCAAAGGUGUCCGACCUCCACGUCCACAACCUCCAUCUAUUAAUGGGACUCUUCAGAUGAUUGACAGGCCAGUUGUCUAUCAAAAAGGGUAUCAAACGAGGGGAUCCCAUCUGAGUCAACUUAUCGAUAUGUGGACUUCCUCAAAGUGCCGCAACUCUUUGACAUGUGUGGCUCUAAUAGUGAUCCUCCUCACCGUCAUUCUCAUCUUUAGCUCCUUAGUCCAGCAGAGCAGGACUCUACACAGGCUAGCAGAGGCACUGACGCAAAGGCGAGAAACAACAGAAGAAAUGUCCAUCAUCUUUCAGGAGCUCCAGGCUCUGCGCAAAAACCUGACGGCACUGAAGAUCAGACACUGACCACGCACUAACAUCACACACAUAUCUUAAAAAAAAGAUCAGUCCAAAAGCAUGUCGCAAUCAACCUUCUAUCAAUAUCGGAUAUCAAAUGUGUGUUGUGUAAAAUAGCAGCCUCACCUCACAGGAUGUGACUGACUAUAAGACUAUCUUAAGGACACAGUGGUAACAGAGUGUAUGUGUGUGUUACAGAUCACCAGUCAGAAUCUAGUUUGAUAGAUCUUCUAAGCACUAGUUGGAGCAGGUACCUUGCAAAGUGAGAUUCAGUAAAACAGACUAAAGCUAGAUUUGAACUCAUUGGGUUUUUUGAACAGCUUCUUAUCAUGUAUGCUGGAUUUGCUGAUCUGUUUUUAGUAUAUAAAUGAUGAGUGACAGCAGAGUCCGCAGAACGAGUUACGGACAAAGUUCAGUAUGUGUUCAGGAAAUUACAUCAAAUGAUUUCUCCACAGUUAAAGGAACUGUAUAGAUACAUUUAGUUCCUAAAGAUACAAGAUGCACAACAGUGGUUCUUUAUGUUCCUCUAACCAAACACUGACCCAUCAUGUAUACAAAUCUAUACCUUAAAAUCUCAGUAUAGUUCUGUUCUGAUGAGCGUUGAUUGUCUAUAAAAGAGCAGAUACAGCAUAAAACACUGAGCAGAUGGGUUUCACAAGACAUCUGAGGUAAAGGACCAGAUCAAUUAUAAUAGUUCUGCAACUGACCUUUCCAUUCUGAUACAUGUCUGACUUUGUUGUCAGUAUAUUUAUCAGCUGUACCAGUGGCAAAAGCAGUGUGUUAUCAUGAGACCAACCAAACUGAUGGAGCUUCUCCUGAAUGAAUACUGUUUAAGAUCAAGUAAAAUAAGCACAGAUAAAACUGGACUCCUGAGCAACAUGCUAUCUUAGAGAUUUGAUGAAUAUUACUGCUUAUUAAAUAGCUGUACAUAUUUUUUAAACAGUGACAUAAGGACCAUGUGUUGAAAAU